GGGUACCUCAAAGAUAAGACUAUCUUUUCUUUUUCCUCAGCUCUGCCCUUGGUGAAGAAGAAUACCAAGAGGAGGCAGAAGAGGGAAGGGUCAUUGUUUACCUUGCUAUAAGAUAUCUCCCAUGCAAAUUUUGGAUUCUUCCCUCUUUUCUGAAGGUCUGGAGUAUCUCACCAGAUACAAUUUAUUUCCAUUAUCCUAGAACGUCCCUUCUUUGAUGAGACUGCCAUUUUUUUCCACGUGUGGGACAAAUAAACAGUCCUUAUUUGUCAAGGACUGCUCUUAGUGUCUUUCCCAACUCUCCUCACUCUGUUUCAUCAGUAGGUGGUUGAAGAACACAGCUUUAUUGACCUCUAUUUUGAGUGGCUUCAGUUGAAAUAUGGAUAUAUAUCACGUGCCUCUGGGAAUUUGAAAACUAGUAGAUUCAUUCCACUUGCAUCCCCUUGGAAAUGGUAGGAAUCCCAGUACGUGAAUUGGACAUGAUCAUCAAAUUGAAGGGAGAACAACUGUGGAUAUUGAAUCUUCAGAGAGCUGAAGAAGAGAAGGUCCCAAUAUCCUGUCUGAGUUGGGGAAUUUGAAUGGAAACCAAAGCAUCAACACUAAUCAGGCUGUUUUUGAAGAACUAAUGUUUUCAGGGUGAGCAAUGAAAAGUCUCCGAGGAAAUAUGGAUGGAGACAUCUGUAAAAGCGAAGGCCAAUUAACAAAGCAUACACAAAGUAUUACACAGAAGAAAACUUUUUUUGAGAAAACAGAAGUACAAAAUGUGUCAGUGACCCUGAAGAAAAUUUCUACUGGAGGGAGAGACCCUGAAUCCAGUGAAUUUAGUCUGAGCUCACACACUGAUAUACAGCAGAACCUUUCAAAAGAAGAUAGAGCGCACGUAUCUAGGGAAAACUCCAAAGAUAAUUCAGACUUAAUAAAACUUCAGAAACUCUUCCCACAAAAGAAACCUUGUAAAUGCAAUGGAUGUAUAAAGUCCUUUGGUUACCAGUCAGACUUCAUUGUACACAGAAUUUAUGGUGGAGAAAAGCCUUUUGAAUGCAAUGAAUGUGGAAAAACUUUUAGUCGAAGUACACACCUUAUUGAACAUCAAAGAACUCACACCGGAGAGAAACCAUAUGAAUGCAGUGAGUGUGGAAAAGCUUUUAGUCGGAGUACACAUCUUAGUCUACACCAGAGAAUCCAUACUGGAGAGAAACCUUAUGAAUGUAGUGAAUGUGGCAAAUCCUUUAGUCGGAGCACUAACCUUAGCCAACAUCAGCGAACUCAUACUCAAGAAAAACCUUACAAAUGUAAAGAAUGUGGGAAAGCCUUCAGUGAUCGUUCAACCAUAAUUCAGCAUCAACGAAUACACACAGGAGAGAACCCCUAUGAAUGCCAUGAAUGUGGGAAAGCUUUCAGUUGGAUCUCAUCUCUUAGUGAACAUCAGAGAAUCCACAGUGGAGAGAACCCCUAUGAAUGCAGUGACUGUGGGAAAGUGUUCAGUAGAAGUUCAUCCCUUAUUGAACAUCAGAGAAUCCACACUGGGGAAAAACCUCAUGAGUGCAGAGAGUGUGGAAAAGGUUUCAGCCGGAGUUCAUCCCUUAUUAUUCACCAGAGAACUCAUACUGGAGAGAAGCCUUACAAAUGUAAUGACUGUGGGAAAGCAUUCAGUCAGAGUUCAACUCUAAUCAGGCAUCAGCAACUUCACACGAAGGAUUAGUACCUGAGCUUUUAUUAAUGUUAGCACAAUAGCACAUAUGAGAAUCCUUUAAAUAUUUGUGGAAAAUGGAAUUAAAAAUUGUUAUUCUGGGUUGACUAGAAAAACUAAUUCAU